UGUGUGUGUGUGUGUGUGUGUGUGUGUGUGUGUGUGUGUGUGUGUGUGCGUGUGUGUGUGUGUGUCUGUGUGCGCGUGCGUGCGUGUGUGAGAGCUGAUGCCAACAGGAUGUCCUGCUCCCGCUGCUGCUGUGUGGGGCUGCUGGACGGGAGCCGGAAGAAGGAGCGGUUGGUGAGGCGCGUGGAGGAGCAGGAGGAGGACAGCACGAGGAACAUGGACAUCUCUCUGCUCAGGGAGCAGUACAGGAGCACGAGGGAGGCGCAGAGGAGACACACUCAGGUGCUGCUGUUCAGGACAGUGUCGGAGGAGCUGUCGGAGGCCGUCGGCAUCGUCCCCGUCACUCAGGGUUUGGCGUCGCCAUGGGAACCAGACAGCAGCUCACCGUCGGCUGUGACCUUUGACCCCGACCCGACGACCGGCUGCGACCCCUGGCACGUCCAUCUGGAUCUCCACCUGCGCUCCCGCCCCUGCGUCGGCGCGCAGCUCACAGCUUCCUCCCCGGAAACAACAAACACCAACAGUUCCUCGCGACGUUCGUCGUCCUCCGAGUCCGUCGGCAGGAAACUCUCCGUGGACUCUCCGUCUGAGUCUCCCUGCAGCUCCUCCUGCAGUACCAAAGAAGAAGAUCACACUGCCGGGUGCCGAGCAGAGCCAGAGGAGACGGAUCCCCCCCACGCCUCCACCAACAUUCUGCAUGAAGACCUGCAGGAGAAGCCGUGUGCGACGGGGAACAUCGUCCUGCAGAGGAAGUUGUCGGCCCCGGCCCUCAGACUCACCAGGCAGCUGAGUGUCGGGGGGGUGGGCUCGUCCACGGGGGGGCCCCAGAACCACAACUACCACCCAUUUCCCAACAGGAAGACCCCGAGGAUCUCGGAGGCCGCCCGGAGACUGGGCAUGUACUCGUCCUUCUGAUUUCAGACGGGUCCAUUCGUCAUUAAGAACACUCAGAAAUGAAAAUAUCAUUUUAUUUCAUGUAUUUCACGUUAUGUGUAUUCUUGCACAGAGGAAUAUCUACAUGCAAGAUUCUCAAUAUGUUUUCAUGUAAUUAUUUUCUUCCUUAGAGGACAAAAGUGUCAGAAAACUGCCAUAAAAAUAUUAUUAAUUAAUAUUAUUUUCCACUUUCACUGAGUUUAUUAAAAAAACAAAAUAUAAUUAUUUCCUGUAAACAAAUUUUUUUUAUCUUCAUGUGUCCACAGAAUGAGACGUCUGACUGAUUAUAUAUAAUAAUAAUAUAUAGUUUGUGCAGGAAACCAUGGAAACAGAAGGUGUUUGUCCCAAACAGGAGAAAAUGUGUCAAUCUGAUGAACAGUAAAAAGUUUAAUUCUGAUCCAGAAGUGAAGCUGAGAUCAUACGAAGCAUUAACAGACAAAAUGAUGGAUCAUGAGGAGAAAAAUGUUUUGUGGAUUUGAGUUCUGCAUUAAAAUGAUCAGAUUUACAAUAAUUAUAAUAAAUCAGAUUUUGUCUUUGACACAAUUACAACUGAAUUUAAUUUUGUAUUGAACCUUAAUUUCUGCUCUCUUAUGGAGAACUUAAUAAAUAAACGUACUACUUUUAUUUUAUGUUAUUUUGUUUUACCUGCUUUGUUUUAUUUUAUGUUUUAUUUUACUUUAUUCAAG